CCUCCUCCUGGCUCCCUACCACGACGACCUUCGAUCCCCCCCCUCAUCUACCACCGUCAAGAAGCGCGAUAGCGACUGAAAAGCCACUAUCCGGCUGAGCAGCACGAUCGUUAUUGUUUCUGCCUCAUCAUCGCAGCGACAACCAGCUUGAGGAGCAAGUUCUACGACGGACAACAGUACGCUGCACUCCUGUGCCUCUCGCCAGUCAACCUGUAGCACUCGACGCCCAAGUCAGUACCUACCCCUGGGUAGUAGGCCGCCUUCUCCGCUCGCUCCACCCACCCACUGCCGUCCACCAUGGCACCUCCGCAUCGCUCCUCUCAGCCGUCCUUUGCCCGGCCGCACUCUAACAGCCAAGGUAGUGCCGGCGGUGGUGGCGGUCCGCCUCCGCCUCCGCCUCCUCACUACACCCACGCGCGAUCUCUACCCGGCAGCCACCACAUGAACGCAUUUGCUAGGGUGCCCUCCUCUUCGAGCCCCUUUGCUACUCCCCUCGGCGCAAUUGCGACACCUUCUUCCAGCUACAGAUCGACGAUCAUGUCUCGUACGUCCAACUCCCGCGCAGGAGAUGGCGCCGAGGAUGACGAUGACGAGAUCCCUGGCGACGACGAUGAAGAAGAAGACGGCAAUGGCAAUGGCGACGAGACCGGUGAGCCAAUCGACGAUGACUCGCGCAUGUCCUACUCGUACAUGGGCAACACGAGUCAGAGCAGCAGUCAAUCGGGUGCCGAUCCUUCAGCCAGCUUCGACUUCCCACCGUCCACUCAAUCCAGAGGCCCGCACUCCAAGCACCGCCUCUCGCAGUCGUCUCACCACGGUGGUGCCGCUCCACCUCUGCCUCCCGGCAUGUCGCUCCCUCCUUCGCCACCCAAGCCUGGCAUGCCUCAUGACCCUUACGCCUUGCCGCCCCCACCACCGUUUCAAUCUGGCGCAGGCGGCUAUCAAGAUUACGACCAGCACCAUGCUGCCGCUGCUUCCGGCCACUAUCCUCACGGCGCGCCCUACGAUCCCUCGUCCCACGAGCCGCAGACGCCUGCCUCCGGUGGCGCUGGCGGACAGAGCAACGCGGCCUCUCCUACUCCAAGCAAUGCCGGUAGCACAGGCAAGGGCGGAUCACCAGACAAGGGCCGUCGUACUCGCGUCUCUCAAGCGUGCGACCUCUGCCGAAAGCGCAAGGCGAGGUGCAUCGGUGGUCGUCCCGUCACCUCGAACGGGCCACAAGACCCAGGACAGAAGUGCCAACGAUGCACCAAGCAGAAUGCAGACUGCCAGUGGUCCUUCUUCUCCGACACUGGUCGUCAGGCUACCACAGCAAAGAAGAGGGGAAGGCUCAACGGCUGCGUCGUUCGAGAGAAUGGCGAGCCUGGAUCUACGUCCAGCUCCUCAAAGACGUCGUCCUCCCGUCGUCGCGGCGGCGAGCAUCCGCGAGAGCGUCGAGAGCAACCCAGUCUACCGACUCCCUACCAGCCAGAGCCAGCACCUCACAGCCACGCCGGCCACCACUACGACGCCGGCCCGUACCAGGAUCGCUUCGAUUCAGGUGCCGCUCCCUUCCACCCUCACCUUUCCUUUGCAGACUAUCCUUCCGAGCCUCCUCCGCCGCCCUCUUGGUCGCCACCUUCACCUCCCUCGCCAGGAGCGUCUUCCUCCGGCGGUGGGCCGCCAGCAAUGCCGAGCAAUGGACACGGCGCAACCGGCUCCCCUCCCUUCCACGGAGCCAAGCGUGCACGCGUGUCCCCACCCGGACUGUCCAGCGGCAGCCGCUCAUCUGCCCGACAGCUCACACUUGACGCAGCUGCUGUUGCCCGUGAAGCGCAAUACGGUUUGCCUCCAGAGGCGCAGAGCCAAGACACGCAAGCAAUGGCAGAACGCCGUGCUCUCGUCCGUUCCCUCGAAGAGCAGGCGAACGAGAGAGGUCAGCACGGUCGUCAGCAGCCUCUCGUCAUGGAGAUGAUGCCGCCCAGUGCAGGCGACUACCGCAACGGCAAUCGUGGCAUCCCGCCCCCUCGCGCGAUUCUGUCGGACGGCAUGAGCGGGCAGCGAAAGCGUAAGCGUUCCCCUCUUUCCCGCAAAGAAGAGAUCCAGGCUGCCAUACUCUCGAGCAGGAGGUCGUCGCCUCGUGAACCCAGGCAGGUUCUCGCUGACAAGUUGGCCUUGCGACGCCAACAGCGCGUGACAGAAAGACUUGUUGGACACGCUACGUGGGCGAAGCCACUCUUCGCCAUCUCCGCUGCGGACCCAAUGACCGAACAAGCCCCAUCAUUGGCUCGCGCGCGACGCAACUCGAUCGGAUCUAGUCAGCCGACCAAAUUCCUCGAUGCAAGCGUGGCGCGAUGGCUCGAGGACAACCCAGAGCGAUGGGGCGUUGUUGAUGCUGAGAUGGACAACAAAGAGAAGGUCAACGUACUCGCACCUCUCCCGGUCCCGGAAGCGAUCGACAGACUGCCAGCAUGCCGAAUGGACCGCGUCAUGGUCUCUGCGUCGACUGAGCCCAUUACCAAGGCCGCCUGGGUUACGUCUAGCCGCCUGACCAUCAAGGGAGAGGAAGACCUUUUCGCCCUAGGAUUAGAGGUCGAGCUGGCAUUGCGACGCGUAAGCUCAUCGUCGAUGCACAUGCGCUUUCAAGACGCCAUCGAUGCUAAGCUAGCAGGCGAAGAUGAGCCGCAGGACUUCACUACCGCUUCGGCCGCUGCGCUGGGCGAGGCGAGCAGCAAUGACCUCAGCUUGCUCCUCGGGCUCAGCAAGCAAAGCAAUGCCACUGGAGCCGAAAAUCUUGGGCACGGCCGCACAGCGUUCGGAUACGAUUGGCCUCCCUCUGCGUCCUCGGACGACGGGCAUGCUUUGCCCCCUUCCCAACAACAGAAGCAGGCGGCCGCAGCCCUGCCUCCUCAUCAUAGACGCUCCCUCGUACCCGGCAAUGGGGCUUCGGACUCGCAGAUUGAAAGCAUCUUCGACCUGACUGAGGCUGGACUUCCUAGCCAACAGGCUAGCCAGCAGAUGCAGCAGCGCAACAUGACUGCCGCGGCCGUGGCGAUGGUGCAGCGACAUGAUGCCGAACAGCGUGAGCGUGAGCGUGAGAGGGCGAGGGAGACGGAGGGAGAGGCCAAGCAGCGCUUCUCGCGCGAGGAGGACGAGCAGGCUGCAGUGCAGGCGCUGAACAAUUUGACGCAGACGCAGCCCGGGGGCGUCGUGGGGGCGAAUAUGUUUGCGAUGGGGGAGAGUGGAGCGACUGCGGCUGAGGGUGAAGGUGGCGGGGAGGGUGCUGAUGGGCAACAAUAAGCCUGGCGAGGGCGGAGCUCACGUCAUCAAUUCAGUCGGCGGUACGGUACCGUAUGGUGGGAUGAGAUGGAGUGGGUGGGAGUGGAGGGAAUUCUCACUAGCGAAAUCAAGUCGGGGUCUCGGCCCCACAAGAAGAUCAUCUUUCCGUCCCCCGUCCCCGUCCCUGUCUUCCUCGUUCUCCCCGUGUCUCUCUUUGAAUAAGAAUGCUAUCGGUCACCUAUCC